UACUAUCACUUGACAUAUAUUUAAUACGUAAAGAUUUUAUUCAUUCGUCAAGUAAAGCAAUAACGAAAGAUAAAACAGCUACAAACCAUAUAAACACAGGAAAAGUUAAUUAAAGAAAAGUUUAGUUUCGAAAAUUUCCAUUCAUGUCUCUAAGCGAAUCUGCAAACAAUUUAAAUUCUGAUGAAGGAUCAGAUAAGUUUUUGUUAGGUUUAGUUGAAGGUUUUUAUGGUCGUCCAUUUACAUCUGAUCAAAGAAAGGACUUAUUUAAAAAGUUAAAGAAAUAUGGUCACCAACUUUAUAUUUAUGCACCUAAAGAUGAUUACAAACAUCGCAACUCAUGGCGUGAGCUAUACACUGUUGAGGAAGGAGAACAUUUGCAAGGGUUAAUAACAGCCGCAAAAACAGCAGGAAUCGACUUUUAUUAUGCUUUGAGUCCUGGUCUUGAUAUAACUUAUUCAUCAUUGAAAGACACUUCAGCAUUGAAGAGAAAGUUAGAUCAAGUUUCUCAAUUUGGGUGUCAACAUUUUGCACUUUUGUUUGAUGACAUUGAGUCGGAAAUGACAAAAAGUGAUAAAGAAGUUUUUCAAAGUUUCGCACAUGCUCAAGUGUCAGUGUCGAAUGAGAUUUAUAAUCAUCUCAAUCGGAAUCAACCAAAUCGGCCGAAUUUUUUGUUCUGUCCAACGCAAUAUUGCAGCACCAGAGCUGUUCCAAACGUAACCGAUUCAGAGUAUCUUAAUACAAUUGGGCAAAAGUUAGUGCCAUCAAUUGACAUCUUAUGGACUGGAUCAAAAGUAAUAAGCAAGAUUUUAACUGCUGAAGAAAUUCAAUUAAUUACCGAAGUGUUAAAACGCAAACCAUUAAUUUGGGACAAUCUUCAUGCAAACGAUUACGAUCAAAAACGAGUCUUUCUUGGGCCGUACAAUGGAAGAUCCCCUGAACUCAUUCCUUUGUUAAGAGGUGUCGUUACAAAUCCAAAUUGUGAGUUCAACGCCAAUACAAUUGCGAUUCAUACACUUGGGCAAUGGAGUCGAUGUAACACGGAAAUUAACAAUUCAAUUUCUGAUAUCAAACUUGAGACUGAAAAUGAAGAUGAUGAUGAAAAUCCACCAAAUUAUUUGACGGAGAACAUUUAUCAUCCUCGUGUAGCGUUAAAAAAUGCAAUAUUAGAAUGGUUGCCAGAUUUCUUCCAGGAAAAGCAAGCUUUUGGACCGAUCGUCAAACCACAUCCAGCAAGUGCGAUGGCUCCAAUUAUUCCGCCAAUAAUUCCUUCAAUAAACACUUGUAUGACUUUAACAUUAACAACACCAACAACUUCAACAAUGGCAACGCCAAUGAUGAUUCCAGAAGUCAACACAGCUCAACUUCAUGCUUUGGCUGACAUUUGUUCAUCAGUUACAGGAGCGACGGAAAUCUUACCAAAGCCAAAUGUCAUGAAUUCUUUAGUGUCAGCGACGAAAGUUGUUACAACUGACGUGCUUUCCAAUCCGAUUCUUGCAUCGUCAAUCACCAUUCCCGAUAAAAUGCCGGUAUCAAGUGUACCGAUUCCUAUUAACGUUGCUGAUGGCAUGGAAGUUGAAAAGAUAUCAAAUGAUGGAGCAUUAACUGAAGAACCGUUAGAAUUGAUGGAUUGUGGAACACCAAAGCAUGUUUCGGAUAAUUCCAGUCCCAACUCUGAUGAUCCAUUAACAGUCCAAAAUCAAAAAGAUGUCGACAUUAAAGAGAAUGAAAAUCCAAACAAUCAAAUUCCAUCUGAAAGUGAAAUAGAAGUCAAAAAUAGUAAAUCAGAACUUUCUGAUGAUGUCGUGAUGACUGAGAGUGGAUCAAAUAAUUCAAUGCAAAUUGAAACAAUGUCAGAUGAUGAAAAGUUACAAACAAUCACUUACGAUGAUAUUCUUCUUCUUUGUGAUUUAUUUUAUCUUCCAUUCGAGCAUGGUAAACAAGGACUUCAACUUUUAAACGACUUUCAAUGGUUGAAAACGAAUGCAAAUGUUUUAAAAGGAGAUAAGAAAGGUGGGAAUUCUGAUAAUCUUGAAAUUCAAGAGUGGUAUCGAAGAAGUGAUAAACUUCUAAAACUUGGCGAAGCAGUUUUCUUGUUGACAAGAAAAAUUGCUUCAUGUGUCAAUCGUGAACUUUGCUAUGACAUAUUCACAUAUGCGUGGGAGAUUUCCAGUGUUUUAACCAUUUUUAUAGCUUACGUUAAGUGGCUUGCACUUGGACAAUUCCCAGCAAACUCAAAUUCAUAUACUCAAGGAUCAUACACUUGGUUCAGUAAAGGAUGGAAGGAAACUUUCAUGUCGGGUGAUCAAGAACCAUGGGUUUUUCGAGGUGGUUUGAUUGCAGACUUGCAACGAUUAAUUCCAGUUGAUUCUGGAAAUGAUUUGUUCAUUUAUAAGCUUCCUGAAACUCCGACAUUGAAUCUCUAUUCUAUCAGACCUUACAUGAAUGCUGAUGAAGUUGCAGUUUAUGAUAUUUGUCAUAAAACAUGUCGCGAUGGAUCAGAUUGCACUGAUUUGUUUCCAGAAAAUCUUCAAGAGAUUCCAGCUGAUCGGUUGGUUGCACCAUUUGUAACUUUAAAUCCGGAAUUUUGUAUGGUUGUUGAGAAGUCUGAUAAGAUGAUUGUUGGCUAUGCAUGCGCUGCUAUUGACUCGAAAUUAUUUUAUCGAAGCCAGGAAGCUUUGUGGGUUCCAAAAAUGUGUGAAAAAUAUCCAUUGACACUUCUCGACACACCCAACUUAACACAAGCUGCAAAAGAUGCAAUCAAUUGGUUUCAUAACUUCAAAUAUGACUGUCCAGUUAGUGUUCUCAAUUCACAUCCAUCAAUCAUGACGUGUUGCAUUCUCAAAGAUCAAUUGAUGACAGACGAGUCAGUAUGCAAACGUUUGAUUUGUGUUCUUUUAGCGUCUUUAAGAACAAAUGGCUCUUGUGGUGUUCAUGUAUUGAUUAAUCGGACUGAUUCUUAUAUGCAGCAAUUUUAUGGGAAAUUAGGUUUCACGGAAAUAUAUCAUGAUGACGUUAAGACAAUUUUGGGACGUAAUUUCUAGCUCGAAGAAAGCUCAGAAACAGUAAUCAUUUAAUAAGAUUUAAGAAAUAAAAAAGUAAAAUAUUUUCCCUGCGUUUUAAACCUUUUAAAUGUCAACACAUAAUAAUAAUGUCGCUCUUAAAUCUAAAAUCCUAGCACUUCGUUAAUAAAUUCGAAUAACAAUUGUAAACUUUUCAA